UGAGAAUCUAUGAGAAGUGUUUAGUUUAAAUAUAUGUACGAUGUUUGUGAUACUUGAUCACACUUUAAUGAAGAAUUUUAUUUUAUGUCUCUAUGUCAGUCUUCGCUGAAAAUGAAGAAAAUGAAAUUGGUAAUGUUUGUUUGUUACUUGACAUUUUUAAGUGUCUACUGUUUCCCUGUGAAUGGUGUAUACAAAGAUGAAGGGGCUUCAAAAUCUAGAACAGAAAUGGAAGUGGACAAUGGCUGCACUGAAAAAUGGUGUGAAACAUACAGCUUUUCGGAGAUAGAGAGAAUGUACAGAGGUUUAUUUUUGUCGGAAUUAGAGUUCUUUUUGCAACAGUUGCUAUUUUACCUGGAUAGAGAUAUAAUUCUGUAUCGUGAAGGGGUCAGAGACUUUGACUACAUUGUUGGAUCUGACGGCGAUGGUGAUUCUUGUUGUGUAACGAAGCAUAUUGCUUAUAGAAACGAUACACUGCAAAAUGUGAUGGGUGUGACACGACGCGUUGUUCAUCUUACCUGGAAAAACAAGUACCAGUACAUAACACAGGCAAGAUGCAUUGGAGUCGGCUCAUGUGAUGGCAUAUGUGUUUUGGAGGAUACUGUGAGAACUGUCCUUGUGUAUGACAGACAAUCAGUUACAUUUGAUCAGGUUUUAGUGCCGAGCUAUUGUUCGUGCAAAAGAGCAGACAAUAAAAAAUGAUCAAAAUGUGUAAGUUUAUGGUGGAGACUUGGGUUAAGUAUUAAAUGAUCAGAUUUGACGCAGAAAUAAAAUGAUAUAAGAAGACAA